UGAGUAUUUCCUUCGUUCAGUUGCUGUGUUUUGUUUGGGAUCGCAUGCCUUUGGGGUAAAUCUUGAUUUUCCUUCGAAUAACAGCGCAAAAUAUAUAAAUUCGCAAAUUAAGGGAGAAAUUGAGGAAAAAUAAGAAUCUAACCUCAAUUGGCAGCGCGAUGAAGAUGAAAAAAGAGGAGACAGUCGAUGAGGAUGCUCUGGAGAGCUUCAGAAGUCUCCUGACGGCUGAGAAAAGGACGGCCGACGCUGACCAGUCAGACGAUGAAAUCAAUCCACGAGCUCACCGACAGCUCUUGUCGGCUAUUGAGAGAAUUGAUCGGACGCAACAUAUUAAAGCUCCCACGAGGACAGAAGUGUCUGGGAAGGAGUCAGAGUUUCAUGUGGUCAAGUCGAAGGGUGUCGUGGAUCGUAAUGAGAAAUUGACAUUCCACCAAUUGAAGAAUGUGCCUAGGAAAACGAGUGAGAACGUGGCGAGGGACUUGAAAAAGCUCAGUCGAUCGAAGAAGCGAUUGGCCAAGCCUCUGGAGAAGCCUGUGGCGGAGCGGAUUGCUCGAGGGAUUGCUUAUGAGAAGGCACGCGUUCAGUUGGAUCGCUGGGAAGCGGUGGUGCAGAAGAAUCGCUUCGACGAUUGCCUGGUUUUCCCUCAAAAGAGCGCCGAUGAGGUUACAAUUCACGAUGCUUCCCAGGAGAAGACGUCCUCAUAUCGAAUCAAGUCUGAUCUGAUGCUAGAGCUGGAGGCCUUGGAGGCCAGAAGACCAGGAAAGGUGGCUGAAGUGGUGAAACUAGUUGAAGAACAGAAUCUGUCGAAGAAAGAACUCGUGGCGCAGCAGAAGGAAAUGGCCAGAUUGCGUCGGAAGGAGUCUUAUGAGAUUGAGAAGGCACGCAGGCAGAAUAAGAUCAAGAGCAAGAAGUAUCACAAGGUUCUGAAGAAGGACAGAAUCAAGAAGCAGUUGGCGGAGUUCGAAAAGCUGCAGAAAAGUGAUCCUGAAGAGGCGCUGAGACGCUUAGAAUUGAUUGAGAGGAAUCGCGUGGCUGAGAGAUCUCAUCUCAGGCACAGGAACACGGGAGCCUGGGCGAAGAGUCUCCAGGUUCGUGCGAAAUACGACAAGGAUGCGAGGAAGGAUUUGUCAGAACAGCUGGCAAUUGGGCGCGAGUUAAAGCAACAGAAGCAAUUUGAGGAGUCCGAGGACACUGACCAGGAGACUUCGGAGAAGGAGGUGGAGAAAGAUGAGGAUUACGAUCCAUUCGAUCCAUGGAAGGCCAAGAAGGAGACUUCUGAGGAGGAUUCUGUGAAUUACAGAAAAUACUGGACAGUGAGGAAUGAUAAUGAGCAGAAGAGGAAGGAAUUUGAAGCUAUGGAAGUGACUGACAAAGGACUCUCGUGGACUGUGGAGGAUAUACAGGAAGGUGAAGUACAGCUGAGUACAGUAUGUCUUCCUCCGGAGAGGAAGAAGUCCGGCCGGAAGCUUGCAAAGUUCAAGAAGAGGUCCAUUGAUGAGAUGUUUGAUUCUGCUGAGCAGAAAAUGACACAGAAAGUGGCGAAGAAACUGAAGAAUCUUCAGAAGAAAACCGUGAAAUCCAAUCGAACGGUGAAGAAGAGUGCCAAGAAUAGAGAUCAUUUGAAUUUGGGGCUCAAGAAAACAGCUCAGCGUCCGGAAAUUGAUGAGGCUCUCAGUGAAUCAACGAGAAAAGAAACUGAAGACACUGAAAUUUUUGCGAAUCUUAGCAAGAUCAUCUCUUCGAGUGCUGAAAAGGACAAGGAAAUCGAACCUGACAACUUCGCAACGGUGAAGCCUAAGAUUCUGCGAACUGCCCUGCCGGAUGGUGUUUUUCAUGGGGAGGAGGAAGAUGAGAUUGGCAAUGGGAAGCUUUCUCUUAUGGAAGCAAUUGAAGAUGAAGACAUUUUCACGGAUUUCUCACGUGAGAAAAGCGACCAGAUUGCCACUGAUCAGCCACAGGAUAUCGACAUGACGCUGCCGGGUUGGGGCUCAUGGACUGGUCAGGGUGUGAAGAAGCCGCAGAAGCGGAUGAUGCUGAAAUUCCCGAAGAAUCUUCCCAGGAAGGAUUCAAAGAAGGAUUCCGUGAUCAUCAAUGAGAUUGUGAGCGACAGGACGAAGCAGCAUCUGGUCAGGGACUUGCCGUUCCCCUUCACCAGUGUCAAGGACUUCGAGGCGUCCAUCCGGGCGCCGGUGGGUAGGACUUUUGUGCCGGAAACUGCUCAUCGUGUGCUGACGAAGCCGAGCGUUGUGACGAAGAUGGGCACAAUAAUUGAGCCAAUGGACGAGAAAUUCCUCAUGGAGGGUCAGAAGCCGCAGAGGGUGAAGAGCAAGACGGACAGGAGGAUUGAGAAGAUUCCAGAAAUGCCGAAGAUUGAGUAAAGUAAAAUUUUAUUGUUGCAAUAAAAG